UAAAGUGACAGCUUUUUAAUCAACCCAGAAAAAUUGUUACAAUGUGUAUAGCAGACAGCAUUUCUUAUAGCUUUGUAUCCAUGUGUCCUGUUGGAGUCUUGCUUUAUUUCCAACAUUAGUCUUGUUAAAGCUACACAGGCUAACCCCGUCUGCUAACCGGUGCAUCUACUGCUAAACCGUUUUGGAUCAAUUGUUGCGUUAUUAAUCAUGACACUGGCUGUUUAAUCAGAGAUGGGGACUUUGAGUCUGACAGAAGUAUAGUGUUCUUCAGAGAUUGGCAGGAGAGGAUGCUGCUCUUCCACAAGACAAGGAUCAGUGGGAUGCAGAGAUCCCAUGUCACUCCAGGCCAGGACGGUUACUGCUUGUAUGGAAGAUGAGAAAAAUAAUAUGUGCGUUGUGUGCGCCUCUGAUUUUGCCAGAUAGCAGGGAAAGAGUAGCGCUUUGAAAUUGGCUUGAUCUAUUUCAGGAACUCGACAGCCAAAAAAUAUCAUUUACCUUUCCCAAAAAAAGAAAGAGGGGAAAAAAAAUGAACUUCCUGUCAACCUUUGUGGCAUUUGACAACCUUCAUGAGGUUCGUAGAUUGUGCCACUGGGGUCCAGUCAUAGCACUGUCUGUCAUUGCUAUAUGUUCAACUAUGGCAAUUGUGGACUCCAUUAUUUGGUACUGGCCACUAGACACUACAGGAGGCAGCAUUAACUUCAUCAUGCUCAUCAACUGGACUGUCCUUAUCCUCUACAACUACUUCAAUGCUAUGUUUGUUGGACCUGGAUACAUUCCUCUUGACUGGAAACCAGAGAGUCAGCAAGACGCCCAACACCUACAAUACUGCAGACUGUGCCAGGGGUACAAAUCCCCCAGAUCCCAUCAUUGUCGAAAGUGUAACAGGUGUGUAAUGAAGAUGGACCACCACUGCCCCUGGAUCAACAACUGCUGCGGCCACUUGAAUCAUGCCUACUUCACCAGCUUUCUGCUGCUGGCUCCACUGGGAUGUUCACAUGCUGCCAUCAUCUUCAUAAUGACCAUGUACACACAGCUGUAUGAGAGAAUUUCAUUUGGCUGGAGUACUGUAAAAAUUGACAUGAGUGCUGUUCGUCAGUUCCAGCCCCUCAUGCCCUUCAGUGUGCCUGCUUUUGCUGCCACACUUUUUGCUUUAGGCUUGGCACUGGGCACCACUAUUGCAGUUGGUAUGCUUUUCUUCAUACAGAUGAAAGUCAUUAUUCGAAAUAAGACCUCGAUUGAGGCCUGGAUCGAGGAAAAGGCCAAAGACAGAAUACAGCACUACCAAACAGGAGAGGAGUUCAUCUUCCCUUAUGACCUCGGCAGCCGGUGGCUGAAUUUCAAGCAAGUCUUUACUUGGUCAGGGACACCCAAAGGGGACGGCAUUGAAUGGCCAGUUCAUCCCAAGUGUCACCAGUACACCUUAACUAUUGAGCAGCUGAAGCAGAAAGCUGAUAAACGAGUGAGAAGUCAGGUCCAGUACCAGGCAGUGGAGGACUACAGUGGGGCUUGCUGCCCUCUUAACAAGGGUCUCCAGACCUUCUUCAGAACCCCCUGCACCGAGGAGCCCAGGAUCCCCCUCAGGAAGGGGGACGUCAUCCUGGCCACCCGGGGCACCAAAUGGUGGAUGUAUGGAGACAAAACUCUGAAUGAUGAGAAAGCGAAAGCUGGAGAACGUGUACGGGGAUGGUUUCCUAGGCGAUGUGUGGAGAAGUGCCAUUAUGACACAGCUGCCAACGAAAGCACCAGCGAUAAGAAAGUAAAUUAAUACAUGUUCACAGGCUUUAUGGAGGGCAGGGGAGUUGAACUGAACAGAAAGUGUCUGUCCAUGUUCAGAAAAAAUACGUCCAAUUAAGUUUUCACACCUUUACCAUCCAAAAUGUUUCAUUUUUUGAUUUAAUACUCUGACAAUACAGUAGUAACUCACAUUCCUAAGGCUACAUUUAAAUCUUUUUUGUGGACUUGCUGUCACAUGUGUGGAAGAAAAUGACAGUUUGUGUGAGUCUUCAGUUUGAUUCCUCUGGCCAAAAGCAGAACCCAAUAAGAGUCUUAAUUUUCCAGAAUAGUCAACAGGCUUUAAUGUGACUCGUUGUGAUUAAAUGACUUUUUACUUGAAUCUGUUGUUUUUACUUUUGUUGAUGCUUUUUUUUUUUUUCUACUUAUGCAACGCCUCUGCCCAGCUAACCCCCGGGGCUUCAACAUGCAACUCUUUAUACAAUAUGAAGAUAACAUUUAAUUUCUUUUUAUUAUUUUUGUAGAGACCAGUUGUUGGCCUCAAAAUAUAAAUUGAAAAUAAAAUUUUAAAAAACA